AUGGCUUCGACUGUUCUUAUCUCUUCACCGACUCACCGUCUUCUCUCCUCUCCACCACCCUCUUCUCUCCUCUUCACCACCGUUCCCAUAACUAUGGAGAAAUCAAAAUCGGAUCUAUCAACUCAGUUGAAUGAUUUGAAGGUGGAGCUUGCUCUUCUUCAAAUUUGCCACAAGAACACUUCAGGAAAAUGUAAAGGGGCUCGCUUCAACACACCCUAUCCGUCUUGGUCUGGCAUUGAACUUCUCUGUGUUGUAUUACGAGAUCCUCAAUUCUCCUGA